UAGAUACUCUAGAGAGAGAGGGGGUAGUGAGAGGAGAGAGAGAUAGAUAUUAGAGAGAGAAAGAGAGAACGGGUGGUGCGAGAAAGGAUUUUAUUUGAGCGAGAAGGGUUCUAUAAGUCAAAUUCCAUUUUUCUCCUACCCCUCUUUUAUUUUCAAUGAACAAAUAGCUUGAGGUUUAGCUUUUCUUAGGUUUUCGGUCACAUGGAGCCCCAAAUUUCCAACCCCAAUCGCUGCAAACCCUCCCCCUGAAAACCCUAAUCCCAUGUCAUCGGCUUAGCCGCCGCCAUUAGGACUAGCUGCAUUUCAACAUCAAUGAAGUCUGAAAAGAUGGCUAAGAAAAAGAAUUCUCUUGUGUUUUUGGAUGUAUCAAUUGGUGGGGAUCCUGCUGGAAAAAUGGUCUUUGAGCUAUUUUCUGAUGUUGUUCCUAAGACAGCUGAGAAUUUCCGAGCACUCUGUACAGGCGAGAAGGGCAUUGGACAAGUUACAGGAAAGCCUCUGCAUUACAAGGGAUCGAUAUUUCAUCGCAUAAUCAAAGGAUUUAUGGCUCAAGGUGGUGAUUUUUCAAGAAAAGAUGGCACUGGUGGAGAGAGCAUAUAUGGUGGGAAGUUUGUAGAUGAAAACUUCAAGCUGCAUCAUGAUGGGCCUGGUGUUUUGUCCAUGGCAAAUGCUGGUCCAGACACAAAUGGUUCUCAAUUCUUUAUCACCUUUAAGUCUACAGGCCAUCUUGAUGGGAAACAUGUUGUUUUUGGAAAACUUGUGGAAGGAAUGGAUGUUCUAAAGAAAAUAGAACAGGUUGGUACAGAUCAAGGGAGGCCGACUCACAAUGUGAAAAUUGUUGACUGUGGUGAGUUUAUUGAAGCCAAAGCUCAUGGUGUGGUGACAACAGAGAAAGAUAAAAAGAAACCAAAGAAGUCAAGAAAUGUUAGGGAAUACUCCUCUGAAGAUGAUAAUGAAGGGCGGGGGAGGAAGCAUAAGAGAUCUUAUAGGGAUCGAAGAAAGAAGAAGAAGAGGAGGCAUUAUUCCUCGGAUUCUGAUAGCUCGUCUGACUCGGAUGACGAGUCUUCUUCUGAUACUUACUCUGAUACUGAUUCUGAUUCUUACGGAAGUAGUUCUAGUGAAGACAGGCGUAGAAGAAGAAAGAAAUCAUCAAGAAGGGAUCGCCAUAGGCGUGGGAAAAGAAAGAGGGACAGGCGCAGGGAGAAACGGAAAAGACGGCGUGAUAGACGGUCAAGGCGCAAGUCAAAAUGGAGUUCUGAUAGUGCAAGUGAUUCAGAGAGUGAGAGUAGCUCUGAUGAUGGUUUGAAGGCUCGAGAACCAGUUCGAAAGUCAAAAAACUCAUUGCAGGCUGCUGAGAAAUCACCUCGACUCCCUGUAGGAAUGCAGUCCUCCCCAGUCUUAGACCAAGAACCAGAAGUGGAUCGCCAGAAGAAAGAGGAAGUAAAAGUCAUUCUUGACAACGCAUCACAAGAGGAGGGUGAAUUUUCCCGUGAAAAUGGUGAAAUACCUGCCAAUGCGAACGGGGCAGAGCCUAAAUCUGAUAAAACCUUGGGAAGACUUGCCGAUUCAGAUCGCGGUAAAUCCAGGAGCCUGAGCAGGAGUCGAAGUGCGAGCCUUAGCCGGAGUGCAAGUCCAGGCCCUAAGAGAGGCAGUAGCGUGAGCCCAAGCCCUACGAGACGCCAGAGUGUAAGCCCAAGCCCUAUAAGGGGUCGUAGUAUAAGUGCAAGCCCCAAGAUGGACCGAAGUCUCACUCCAAGCCCCAAGAGGCGCCGGAGUCUAAGUGCAAGCCCCAAGAUGGGCCGAAGUCUCACCCCAAGCCCCAAGAGGCGCCGGAGUCUAAGUCCAUGCCCUGAGAGGAGCCCAAGUCCAAGCCCUAAGAGGAGGAGCCCCAGUGUGAGCCCUAGGAGAAGCACAAGCAGAAGCAGGAGCCCCAGCGUGAGCCCAAGAAGGAGCCUAAGGAGGAGCCCCCCUCCUCGAAGUGUUAGCAGGAGCCCUGCAAGGCCUCCUGGUAGGGCUAAUCGUGGUAGUUAUUCGAGGAGCCCUGUGAGGAGGGGUCAGGCCCCUUCUCUCUCUAACCAUGGUCGAAGUGUGUCAAGAAGCCCUUCUCCUGAUGGUACACCUAAACGUAUAAGGAGAGGGCGUGGCUUUAGUCAGCGCUACUCGUAUGCAAGAAGGUACCGCACUCCUUCCCCUGAUCGCUCACCUGUGAGGUCCUAUCGCUAUGGGGGUAGAAGCGGUUUGGACCGGGAUCGGGAGAGAUACUCAGGCUAUCGUGGUUAUUCAGAUCGGUCACCUCCAAGACGAUACCGGAGCCCCCCUAGAGGCAGAACACCACCAAGAUACAGGAGCAGGAGAAGCCGGAGCCGAAGCAUAUCUAGGAGCCCAAUAAACUACCGGUCGCGUGGAAACAAGGAUCUCAGCCGAAGCCCAGCAUUUAGCCGAAGUCGAAGCCGAAGCCCAGUGGAUGAGAGGCCUUCCAUGAGUGAGAAACUGCGCUCUCGCCUUGGUCCUGGCACGUCUGCUCGGCAUUCCUCAGAGAAAGGAAGGUCUAUUUCAAGGAGCCGGAGCCCUUCUUCAAUGUCGAGGUCAUCUGAUGAUGCUAAGAAAUCGAGGUCUCCUCUUGGGAAGGAUCGUUCUCCUAGUAGGUCGCGGUCUCCUAGCCCCUCUGGAAACAAGGGCCUCGUUUCAUAUGGAGAUGGGAGCCCUGAUGCUAAGUAGAGGUUUCGUUGUUCAUUCAUGCUUAGGUUUUUAUUAUGAAUUGUGACUUUCGUAUUUGGGUACUUGGUAAUUUGCUAGUAGGGAGAUGGUCGUAUGUGUCCCUUCUGAAGUCUCUCUCAAUCUUUCUCUCUCUCUGUUUGUUUUGGUACUGUAGAGAUGGACCAAGCUUACUAGUGGGUUUCUUGCUGUGUGAGGAUUAAUUUGUAUCAUUCCCCCUAGUAUGGUAUGCGCUCUAAUGGAUAUCUUCUCCAUUUUGGAAAGGAUCAAGUCAUAUGUAGAAAAGGGGGAAUGGAGUGAGAUUUGUCGGGUGUGUUAUUCGUACCCAGUUUUGUGGGCUUGGUUGUUAUUAGCAUUUGCUUAUCAUGGAUCAUUUAUUCCUGUUGACAUGGUAUUUUUAGACGAGUAGUUUCAGGUUGGCA